AACGUUUUUGUUUAUGGUGCUGUCUGCUUUUUUAUCGGCAAAUUUACUACCGACAUUUCAUUGUUGCCGUCACCGUUUUGUUUAAUUGAAAAAUAGCCAAAAAUAACCAUGAAUUCAUCAGUAUUUUUUGAACGUAUUAACUUGAAAGUUCUCGGACUAGAUAACUCAAUAACACAAUUUAAAAUCAGAAAAAUUACCCAAUUAAGAAAGUUAAUGAAUGCAUACUGUAAACAAAUUGGUCUUGCUUAUAACUCAGUAAGAUUUAGAUUCAAUGGACAAUCGCUUAACGAGAUUGACACGGCAGCUUCAUUAAAUCUUGAAGAAGGUGAUACCAUUGAAGUGUUCCAAUAGCAGACUGGUGGUUG